GACCGCCGCGGCCCCCCCACGCGCGCGCAAGGGCUUUGCGCGCAACACGCCGCGAGCAGCGAGUGAGGCCCCCCCGCGUUCCGCGGGCGGGGACGGCGCCAUGGAGGGCCUUCCGUCCGUGGACCGCGCGGCGCAGAUCGGACAGGAGCUGCUGCAGGGGCUCUCUGACGGGUCCUUCCGGCUCGCGGCAGAGCUCCUCGAGAACGGGCACAGCCCGGACUAUUGGGCUGGCGUGGCCUCGCAGUGGGCGGGGCUGCUGAACACCCACGCCUACCACGCUGCCGCCGUCGUGGCAGAGCCGCUCAGGGACACCGCCUGGCUGGCAGCGGCAGCCGACAGGGUGGGCAGUGCGGCCGGGCUCACGCCCGAGCGGCGGCUGUUGCUGGGGGGCACCGUGUCCCCCUACCUCUCGCGGGCCUGCGGCCUCGGAGUGCCGCUCGCGACGGGGGUGCUGGACGCGGCCGCCCAGCUCCUUGAGGCCACGCCCUGGUGGGUGCUGUGGCUCGCCCUCCUCGUUGCGUUGCCGCGCCGCGACCGAGCGCGCCCGCCGGCGAACGCCGCUGCGAACGGCGCGGCGAAGGCGAGGGGCUGCCUGGGCACCGUGGUCGCCGUCCUGGCAGGGGUGGCGGUGGCCGCCGCCGCCGCAUUCCUCCGCCUGCAGCCGGGCAGUCUGGAGCUGAGCCUGCAGCAGCAGAGCGCGGUGCUCACCUUGGCGCUGUGCGUGGGGAUGAUCUCCUGGAUCCUGGUGGUCGUCGGAGUGGCCUGCCAGGGCAGGCUGUGGUUGCGCGUGCCCUUGGCGGCGGUGCUCCCGCUGGGGCUGGCGUGGCAUCUUCUGGCGCCCGAGGCCGCGUUCUGCGCGGCCCGUAGCCAGCGGUGCCGGCCCGUGCUCCCGGAGGACAUCCUGCUGGCGCGGGAGAGGCGCGCCGGGAGCGAGCAGCUCCAGGCAGGUCCACACGAGCAGCUGACCGCCGUCGUGGACGCCCUGGCCAGGCUGAAGCCGAGGAGCUCGGGCCAGGCGAGCCGGCCCACGGUGCUGGCGGUCGGCGCGCACGAGCUCAAGGAGGACCUCGCGGACUUCGCCGCCCUCGGCGCGCUCAGCCCUCAGAUGAUCUUCGUCGAGCCGAACUCCAAGCACAUCCCCGGCCUUGGGCGGUCCUUGGACAUGAUAGAUGCACCUGCGAAGCACAGGAAGAUCAUCACAGCCGCCGCGUGCGAGGUGGACAAGAAGGAGGUCACUCUCUACACCAGCGUGCAAGCAGCGACGCGGGACUCUCUCGACAGGCACUACGUCUCCAGGCAUUCCGACAUGAAGCAGAAGAAGGUCAAGUGCAUGUCGAUGCCGUCGGUGUUCGCCGCUGCCGAAACUGCGGCGAGCGACAUCGACAUCGUCAUCCUGGACGCAGAGGGGAGCGACUUCAAGAUCCUGGACGCUCUGCUGAGGCUCCCCAGAUUUGUGCCGCUGCUCGUGCGCUUCCCGUGCUGCUUCGGCUGGGAGGCCCGCGGCAUCCCCGACGAGCUCGGCCACAAGGUGUCCGACCUUGCGGAGCGCGGCUACGACGUCUACCUGGACGGGGACGACGUGCUCGCAGUGCACGAAAGCGUCAGGGAGAAUGUUUAG